GACAGUUUGAAAAACGUGUGAAAAUUGUUAGGAGUGAUAAUGGAACAGAAUUUCAAUGUUUGAAACCUUAUUUUUUGGACAAUGGAAUUCUUUUUCAAACGACUUGUGUGUACACUCCGCAACAGAACGGGAGGGUAGAGCGUAAACACCGAGAUAUUUUAAACAUUGCACGCACUCUUCGUUUCCAUGCACAUUUACCCAUUAAUUUUUGGGGGGAGUGUGUGCUGACUGCAUGUUAUCUUAUUAAUCGCUUGCCUUCAUCUGUUUUGGAUUUUAAGAGUCCGUAUGAGCUGUUGUAUAAUAAGGCACCUCAAUAUGAUCAUCUACGUGUAUUUGGUUGUCUAUGUUAUGCACAUGCACACGGAAAAUCCGGUGACAAAUUUGCUGCACGGGGAAUACGGUGUUUUUUUUUGGGAUAUGCAUAUUCACAAAAGGGUUGGAAAUUGUAUGAUCUGGAAGGUCACAAAUACUUUGUUUCACGUGACGUUACAUUUUUUGAGACACAAUUUCCUUAUCAUGAUAUGAAUAAUGUGGAAUUUUCACCUUCUGCUCCACUCCCUGGGAAUGAAAACCGUGACACAUAUAUUAUUGACAAUGAGGAGGUUGACUCCUCCUUGGACCGAACUUCACCUCUACUCAACCAAGGGACCCACGUAAAUGAUGGUCAGGACACAACCUUGCAUACCGAAACAACUACAGAUGGGGUUCAGUUGCACGUGGAAGGUGACACAAAUAGGUCGAUUGAGUCAUCUUCACAUGAAAAUCAGCCUGGCGCAACUUCACAAACUUUUGACCGUCGCAGCACACGUCCCAAGCAACAGCCCGUGUGGCAUAAAGAUUAUGAGGUACAAAUUAAUACUAUGAAAAUAGACACCCCACCCGUUCGUCACUCGUCCUCUUCGGUUGACUCAGCCAUAUCAUCUGACAAGGAACCGAGUACUUUUCGUGAGGCUGUCAGUGAUCCUCAGUGGAGGGAAGCUAUGCAGCGUGAGAUCGAUGCCUUGGAACGUACAGGGACCUGGCAGAUACAGGAUCUUCCACCCGGUAAGAAACCUAUUUUUUGCAAAUGGGUUUAUAAAAUAAAAUACAGGAGUGAUGGCAGUAUUGAUCGUUACAAAGCACGGUUGGUCGUUUGUGGAAAUCGGCAAAUUCAAGGGAUUGAUUAUGAUGAGACAUUUGCACCUGUUGCAAAAAUGGUCACGGUCCGCACUCUUCUUGCUAUCGCUGCCUCACGUGAUUGGGAGAUCCAUCAAAUGGAUGUGGAUAAUGCAUUUCUCCAUGGUGAUCUCAAGGAAGAAGUGUACAUGUAUCUACCCCCAGGCUAUACCUCCUCUCGUACUGGUCAGGUAUGCAAAUUGCUUCGUUCUCUUUAUGGCCUUCGCCAGGCACCACGGUGUUGGUUUUCUAAAUUGACAGCUGCUCUUAUCACCUAUGGAUUUUCUCAAUCUCAUGCUGAUUACUCCUUAUUUACACUUCAUCGUGGUGGUCAUUUAUUAUGCAUUCUUGUAUAUGUUGACGAUCUUCUUAUCACGGGUACUUGUCCUGAUAUGAUCUCCUCUUUUAAGAAAUAUUUGGCUGAGAUUUUUCCUGUCAAGGAUUUGGGACUCGUAAAAUUUUUCCUUGGCUUGGAAGUUGCCCGAGGUCCGCGCGGAAUUUUUGUAUGUCAAAGAAAAUAUGUUUUGGACAUUCUUGAUGAGACAGGUUUAAUGGGUGCGAAACCUGCUGAUUUUCCUAUGUCUCAGAAUCAUGGUCUUCAGUUGGAUGACGGUCCGUUCUUCACUGAUCCUGAACGGUACCGCCGCUUAGUUGGGAAACUUAUUUACCUUACGCUCACCCGACCAGAUAUUAGUUAUUCGGUACACAUAUUAUCUCAAUUUAUGCAAACGCCGAGGCAGUCUCAUUGGGAUGCUGUUCUACGUGUACUCCGUUAUCUGAAGGGUCACCCAGGCCGGGGAAUUGUAUUCAACCGCAAUUCUUCACUCUCUCUAGUUGGGUAUUGUGACUCCGAUUGGGCUAGUUGUCCCAACACACGGCGUUCUGUUACAGGAUAUUUUGUGACGUUGGGUGGUUCUCCUAUUUCAUGGCGGACAAAGAAGCAGGCUACUGUCUCUCGUUCUUCAGCUGAAGCAGAGUACCGAUCCAUGGCUACUCUCACGUGUGAACUUCUUUGGUUGAAAAGUCUGUUUUCUUCUCUGCGGAUUCCACUUCCUCCUGUGAAACUGAUUUGUGAUAAUAAUGCCGCCAUUCAUAUUGCUUCUAAUCCAGUGUUUCAUGAACGCACCAAACAUAUUAAAAUAGACUGUCACUUCAUUCGUGAUCAUGUUCGUUCUGGUGCUAUUGUUCUGACUCACAUCUCUACUACAGAACAGUUGGCAGAUUUAUUUACCAAGGCACUGGGCGCUUCUCAAUUUCAUUAUCUCCUUGCCAAGAUGGGCAUUAUUGAUCCCCAUGCUCCAUCUUGAGGGGGGGUGUUGGCCUUAUUAUAUUACGGAGUAUUAUUUUUGUGUACGUAGAUCACACCUAUGCAUGCAGCGUUAUCCGCAUGUUUACUUUUCAUUAUUUAUAUUUUCAAUUGUAAAUUCCUCCACUUGUAAUUAUCGGAUAGUUAGCUUUCGUAUAGGAGUAGAACUUGUACGUUAGUUACCCAGCGGCGUCUGGAGCCUUGGGAUGAGGUGUAUAUAUGUACUCUAAG